AAAAACGUCAAAGCCAUCGUUGCAGACUUGUCAAUCCACAAUCGACGUGUGCACCUUCCUCGUAUUUCGCGAAAAUACUUUUCAUUUCAUUCGCCGCAACGAAAUUCGAAACAAAUAUUGUAGAUUCAACGCUGACACGUUUUAGAAUUACCCGCCAACAUGGUUUUAGCAGAUUUAGGCCGUAAAAUCACGACGGCCCUCCACUCGCUGAGCAAGGCGACUGUCAUCAAUGAGGAGGUUUUGAAUUCUAUGCUUAAGGAGAUAUGCGCGGCGCUGCUCGAGGCUGAUGUCAACAUCCGAUUGGUCAAGCAAUUGCGGGAAAAUGUCCGGGCCGUGAUCGACUUCGACGAGAUGGCUGGCGGCCUGAACAAGCGACGAAUGAUCCAAUCCGCAGUUUACAAGGAAUUAAUUAAGCUCGUAGAUCCCAGCGUCAAGCCAUACCAACCAGUGAAAGGACGUCCGAAUAUUAUCAUGUUUGUCGGUCUGCAAGGAUCAGGGAAGACGACCACUUGCACGAAGCUGGCCUACCACUACCAGAAGAAAAAUUGGAAGUCAUGCCUUGUGUGCGCGGAUACCUUCCGUGCUGGUGCCUACGAUCAGAUCAAGCAAAACGCCACGAAGGCCAGGAUCCCCUUCUACGGAAGCUACACGGAAGUUGACCCCGUGAUAAUUGCGCAGGACGGUGUGGAGAUGUUCAAGAAGGAGGGCUUCGAGAUGAUCAUCGUGGACACGAGCGGUCGGCACAAGCAGGAGGAGUCGCUGUUCGAGGAGAUGUUGGCGGUCGCAAAUGCUAUCAAACCCGACAAUAUCAUUUUCGUGAUGGACGCCACGAUCGGACAGGCUUGCGAGGCUCAGGCGCGUGCUUUCAAAGAGAAAGUCGACAUCGGAUCCGUGAUCAUCACCAAGUUGGACGGCCACGCUAAGGGUGGUGGCGCUCUAUCAGCAGUUGCCGCGACCAGUUCCCCGAUCAUCUUCAUCGGAACCGGAGAACACAUCGACGACCUCGAGCCUUUCAAAACGAAGCCAUUCGUGAGCAAAUUACUGGGCAUGGGGGACAUCGAGGGGUUGAUUGACAAAGUAAACGAACUGAAGCUAGACGACAACGAGGAUCUGAUCGAGAAGAUCAAACACGGUCAAUUCACAAUUCGUGAUAUGUACGAACAAUUCCAAAAUAUUAUGAAAAUGGGACCAUUCUCGCAGAUUAUGGGCAUGAUCCCGGGCUUCUCACAAGACUUCAUGACCAAAGGCGGCGAACAAGAGUCGAUGGCACGAAUCAAGCGACUGAUGACGAUGAUGGACAGUAUGUGUGACAGCGAACUGGAUAGUCGAGACGGAGCGAAACUAUUUAGCAAGCAGCCGACUCGGGUGAUCCGGGUGGCGCAAGGCUCGGGCGUGACAGAACGUGAAGUCAAAGAACUAAUUUCACACUAUACGAAGUUUGCGGCUGUUGUGAAGAAGAUGGGCGGCGUGAAAGGUCUCUUCAAGGCAGGCGAUAUGGCGAAGAACGUGAACCCGACACAGAUGGCAAAACUCAAUCAACAAAUGGCGAAGAUGAUCGAUCCACGAAUGUUACAACAGAUGGGCGGUAUGUCCGGUCUGCAGAGCAUGAUGCGGCAGCUGCAGCAAGGAGCGGCUGGGGGCUUAAGUAAUUUAAUGGGGGGUUUUGGGAAAUCUUGAGUAUAGCAGAUGUUUGGACUAAGAAAUAUAUAAUCGAUUGUAUACAAAU